CAUUGUUAUAUUUGCGUUUUCUUGCAGUCAGUUUAAUGCUUAUUUUCUCCAGCAUUUUGCAGUACUUUACUCAGCUGCUUGUAGGCAUAACUCAGAAGUGGGCUCUUGACUUUCCGACUCCUACUUAAACAGACUUAACUCGCAACUUGCUCCUAAUCGACUAAAGACUUCACUCAAACUCCUGGAUAUAGAUUCAGGAACAUUACAUUUUUUUUCAUAAUUUAAUGAGGAGAUGAACAUUUCUACAGUAGCAAAGACUUUUUUUUUUGAUUCUGUGAUCACCGACAUGAAUGCAAAAUCAUGCAAGUGCCCCAAUAUUUCCGAGAUUUACUGCAGCCUUCUGCAGAGAACAUGAACACUGCGAACAAGUGUCAUGUAGAACACAGAUGAACAUAGUCUACAUAAAAAAACAAUGUGCACUUCGGAAAUGAGACUGUACGUUUUAUAUCAAUUAAUUUGACUGUGCCAGAGGUUGGAAUAACGGCUGCAGUCAUGAAUUACAGACACAAGGCCAGGGCGAGAGCUGGCAGAAGACCAGACAUGGCGCUGUCCUGUGGAAUUUGAAAGCGCCGUAACUUUUCUGAUUCAGUUCUCAUUUUCUUUUGAUCUAAGGGAGAAUCUGUCCCAGUCCCCAGACAAUACCCCAGUCCCCAGGCUCCACUGAACGUGAUUUACACAACUCUUAUAGUUAUUUGAUUCAUCUUGCUUAAUCGAAAAUCCCAUUUCAUCGAUUAGCCCGCAAAAAAUUUUGACACACCCCUAACACACCCUAGGCCAAAUUACACAUUUCUGAUUGGUUUCCCCCUCCUUCACCGUUAGCUCGGUGUCCGGCUGGAUGUCAGCUAAGCGUCCGCCCAACGCCAACCCAUGAGCGCUUGAUCACCACAUAUAUAUGUAGCCAGUAGUGACGGUGAGUUUCAAGUUGAAAGUGCUUCAGAAGAAAUCUAGAAUGUCAACCGUGGUGGAUUGUGGGAAGAAUACUCUCUGGCAGUGUCUGCAGGCCCGAACGCAGCUCGAGGCAGCCAUUGCUGGAGUGACUCAGGCAGAGGCACAGCUGAGAGACAACUCCAGGGAGGUGAAAGCCCAGCUCCACAGCUGCAUCAGCAGGCACCUGGAGUUCCUGCGCUCUCGUGAGGUCUGGCUCCUCGAGCAGAUUGACAUCGUCCAGCAGCUCAAGGAGGAAUCCCUGCAGCAUCAGCUACAGCAGCUCCAUUGGGUCCUGGGUCAGUUUGAUAUCCUCAUUCAUCAGCUGGAAAAUUCCAACAGCUACGACCUGGCUAAUCAGAUCACCAGUUGCCUGGAGAAGCUGUCCACUGUGAACCUGAAACCGGAGGAGAUCCCAGACAUGAGCUUCCAGGCAGACGUCCGCCAUUUGCGCCAGGCGAUCACCUCGUUUGGCACCAUUGCCACUCAGCAGAUGGAUGUCAGCAAUGGUACCCCCAAAAGCUUGAGCUCCACCAGCAGGCCUUGGCUGCACCAGGCAUGCCCCAUUGCUACCAAGAAACAGAGAUUAGAGACCGAAUGCAACUCGCCGCUUGCCGACUGGCUUCUUGGCAGCCGACCUCCAUCCAGUGGUCCAGUUCGUUACCAGGCCAGUGAGAACCCACAGGACUGGCUGUAUAGCACUGGCGAGAGGGUCCAGGUGAAGCAUUCCCUCGUGCCAUUUGACUUCCUCAAAGCCUGGGGCCAGUUGAAGGACCUGGAGGCUUGGCUGGUGAAGGAGGAGAUUCCCACCAGAGAGCGGGCCAUGAGCAAUGCCAGCAGCAGCUCCACUUUCUCCAUUGAGAAGAUUGACGAGACUGAACUAAACUUCAGCAUGGAAGAGGAAGAGCUGGAGGAGGCAGGGGAACUGAAGGAGAAAAUGGCCGAGGUGGAUGAGCUAAGCGAUUGGCUGGUCACGCCAACCAACUGUGGUGAGAAGCGUGGGGGUCUGGAAGAUGCUGAGAAGUGGAAGGAAGUUUUCAAGCCCUUUAACAGAACCUUCACUCCCAGCGACUGGCUGCUGAAAACGGACUGUAGUUCGUGCUGUUCCACACGUGUGAAGGCCUUCGAGAUAGAGAACCUGGGCAAACUGAAGUGCCUGAAGCAAAGUCCCCCCUCCACCCCUGUGGCCCCUGCCACCGUCCUGGAGACCUGGCUGCUGCAGAAUCCGCCAGUUCCUGUGGAGCAGGUGUGCAAGGCCAACGAGCCAUGUUCUACCUUCCAGGAUUGCGUGUGUGAUGAGAAUUGUGGCAAGGAAGCCCUCAGCACUUGGCUGCUAAAGAAGGAAGGAUGCAACAAGAAUCGCAAGCCGUCAGCCACCCAGCAGCAGAAAGUGGAAGCCAUUCUGGAGGCCUGGCUGCACCCAAAGCAUGGCGCCUCUCCCAUGAUGUCCUCGCUCUCCAACUGGGUGUCGCCCUUAUCCUGUGGCCAAGAGAAAGCCAGUAGGGAGGAGUACUCUACUUCUGAGGCCCCGAUCCACAAGGCCUGGGUGGGGAACUGGGUGCAACCCGAAAAGAAGCAGUCUCAAUCAAGUACACAAAGUAGCGUGGACUCGGAGGAGGACAAGUGGUUGAUGCUCAAGAGGACUCAAGUCCAAGAGCGAUAUGGCCUUCCCAAAGUAUGUGAUCUGUUCUCCUGUAUGAAGCUCGGCGGAGACAAAGACAAAUGGCUGCACAAGGAACCUAUACAGAUGUGAAACACUAGAAGAUUCUUGAACCAUUAGGAGUUUUCUGAUUUCUGAACACGCCUUCCCUGGUCACCUCUUCAAAGUUUUCUGAGGAGACUGGGCUCCUUUCAUCACCCCUGGCUUCGCUCCCUCAUUUCUUAUAUGUCUGUGGAAAUUUGGUCCGUUUCCCCUUUGGUCAGAUUAGCGUGUGGAGUGGCAUGGGCGCUGUGCUGUGCAAACCUGGUUGCUCUGUGACAAAUCUGUAGGAACUUCUUUGAAUCAAAGAGUAAAGCUCUCCUAAGCCGGUGAUGGUAGGAGGGGUGGACAUAACACACAAUCUAAAUAACCUCAAUAAUGGGAAGAGAGGCACUGGAGCCUACCCGUCUGAGCUUAGUGGGAUUAGGCCCGUGCAUCAGAAAAACAUUCAGCUAAUGUGGAGGUGGACACGCGCUCCAGGAGUUUAGCCUCAGAAAUGUAGAUUUUAAUGGGAUUUUAUGGGAUGAUUUUUAAAAAAACCGCACAGUAACUUUGAAUAAAGCAGACCAGUCACCAUAUCACACUUAACCAGAAGUCUUGGCAUGCAGUGAUCUUCCCCCUUUUCAAUCGAAUGACAACUGUUUCAUUAUGAUAUAAAUUUGUGUGUGUGUGUGUAUAUAUAUACACACACACACACACACAUAAAUACAUCUUCAUGUUGAACUAAAUCACUAAGUCCAGCACUAUUUCUACAAUUUUCCUUGAUGUAACACCCAGGUGUCCAACUGCUAAUGCAUAAUUAUUACUUCUACUUAAGGUGCUUGCUGUAGUAACACAAAACAUACUCUGUCUGGACCCUCACCACCAACGCAGUUUUGCUUCGCUGCAUUAGGUCACUCAACCUCACCAAUCGGGUAGCAGGGACUGUUUCACCUCUUUCAGUGUCCUUGCAGCGGAGAAGGACCAACUUCCUGUGGGCCGGGGAGGAGGGCGAGUGUGUGGGGCCACCCUGCCAGUUGCCAUUAUGCCGUCUUUAUGGCGAUAACGGGGCUGAUGAAGUAUGCACUGGGGGAGGCUGUCAAACUGGUAGUUUGUCUUUAACAUGUUAGUAAGAACAUCUGUGGAGCCAGUCAAGAUAAGGGCCAAGAUAGGGGGCUGCAUGCAAUAGAUAAAAGGCAGAAGGAGGUGAUGCAAGUCCAGUGCAGGAGAUUGUAAAUAUGGCCAACAGGGGACUAGGGCUCCCGUGGCACCUUCAUUUGCCCAAGUCAUUGCCCUGUUUGACCUCAUGACUCUCUGAUGGACUCUGUGGAUGAAACACGUUGCUGCAUCACAGUGUCACCUGGAUUGCUGGGGCUUUGUAUCAACUGCUUUUACCAUGUUAUUGUACUAAAAGCAAGUCCUUACAUUUCGAGUGCUUUUUCCUGCUUUGGUAACCUGUCAUAUUUAACUUAAUAAAAAUUAUUAAUCGAU